CGGGGCUUGCAGUAGUCCCGCCCUUCUCGCUGUUCAUCCACACCUACCUCACAUGGUUUGUGUGUGUGUGUGUCCUGUCCGCCUAGACAGGGCUUCGCUAUUUCAGCGCCGCGCUUGCUUUUUGACAGAAAAGCCUGAUUGGCAGCAAAGGAAGCUUCAACGAAACAUUGCGUUGGGGCUUCUCUGAGCAAUUUGGCGUGUCUUUUUAUUUUUAUUUUAUUUUUUUUGCGCGUGUUCAGUGUGUGUCUUGCGUUUUUUGCCAUCCUGGAUGCAGCUGCUGGAUUCUGCAGCGCGAGUCUUCAUGAGCAACCCGCACCAAUCAGAGGUUUCAAGGCAUACGGGGGUCACCAGCCUGUCACUAUGGUUAAAUGUCUUGUUUAAUGGUUGAGAGGUGUGGAGGUAUCUCAUUUGAUGGUCCUGAUCAGAAUGCCCUAUUUCGCAUGCUAGGAAAUGCACGAGUGAGAGGGCAAGCAGGGCUUCUCUCUGAGCGCCGCGGAUCAUAUCCAGUCAUUGACUUUCGUCUUCUCAAUUCAACUGCACAUUCAGGUGAAAUUGGCUCAAAGAAAAGAGUGAAAAGACUAUUGAGCUUUCAGAGGUAUUUUCAUGCUUCUCGACUGCUACGUGGCAUUGUCCCACAGACAUGUCUACACUUAUUGGAUGAAGACUACCUUGGGCAAGCCAGGCAUAUGUUAUCAAAAGUUGGAAUGUGGAACUUUGACAUCUUCUUGUUUGACCGUCUGACUAAUGGGAAUAGUCUUGUCACCUUGUUAUGUCACCUGUUUAACCUCCAUGGUCUCAUUCAGCACUUUCAGUUGGAUAUGGUAAAAUUGCACAGAUUUUUAGUUAUGAUUCAAGAGGAUUACCACAGCCAGAACCCAUAUCAUAAUGCAGUUCAUGCUGCUGAUGUGACUCAGGCAAUGCAUUGCUACCUGAAAGAACCAAAGCUUGCCCGGUUUUUGACGCCACUUGAUAUCAUGCUUGGUUUGAUGGCAGCUGCAGCCCACGAUGUUGAUCAUCCAGGAGUCAACCAGCCUUUUUUAAUUAAAACCAAACAUCAUUUAGCCAGCUUAUACCAGAAUAUCUCUGUACUGGAGAAUCACCACUGGAGAUCUACAGUGGGAAUGCUCCGAGAAUCAGGGCUGGUGGCUCAUCUGCCUGUGGAAAUGAUACAAGACAUUGAACAACAGUUAGGAUCUCUCAUUCUGGCCACAGAUAUUAGCCGACAAAAUGAGUUUCUUAGAAGAAUGAAAGCUCAUUCAGAUAACAGAGAUUUAUCAUUGGAGGAUGCAGAUCAUAAACACUUCAUAUUGCAGAUAGCACUUAAGUGUGCAGAUAUCUGUAAUCCUUGUCGGGUCUGGGAUAUGAGCAAGCAAUGGAGUGAGAAAGUCUGUGAGGAAUUUUACAGACAAGGUGACUUAGAGGAACGUUUGCAGCUUGAAGUUAGUCCACUGUGCAAUCAGCAGAAAGAUACCAUACCCAGCAUACAAAUAGGUUUUAUGAGCUACAUUGUUGAGCCUCUGUUUGUGGAAUGGUCCCGUUUUACUGAAGACACGCGUUUGACCAUAACAAUGAUGAGCCAUCUGCGAAAGAACAAGGCAAGGUGGCGAGGACUGGUUCUCAAACGACAUAACAGUGAGGAAAAUUCAGCCCAAGUGAAUGAAGACAAAAGCAGAACUUCUCAGGAAGUUGAACACCAAUAAUUCAGUUAACUGGUCCAGUCAAAAAAUGCCAUGGAUUCUUCACAAACACUUUCCCAAAAUUUUCUUUUGAGUGAGGUGAAGAAAUCAUGAGGACUGGAAAAAUGCCUCCAGCGGAAAAAUAGGAAGUGACAAAUUGACACUAAGAGAUAAUUUGUCUUUUCCAAGUUUCUUGAUCCAUCUUUAAAUUUGUAAACAUGCUCCAUAUAUUAUUACCUCAGCAGCCUUCCGAUUGAAUAAUAAAGAAGACUUGGUAUUUGAAUUGCAGCAAAAGCAAAAUUCCACUCCCAAGUUAUCAAGCUUAAGGCUCAAAGCUUUUACCUAGGUUUAUACUAUUCAUUAGAGGCAGCCUGGGCUGAAAAUGAGUCUGAAUAGAGAUGGGAGAGCCUCUGAAAGAACUUCUUUGUGGUGCAGUAACAAAACUUGUUCAGCAAUGUGGCUUUGACUAUAAGUGGCGACUGUUGAAGAACACAGUAUUCAACUGUUCUGCAGCUGGGCUGCACCAUUGCUAAACACCAGCUUCGAAUGAACUCUCAAUCCCUUGGAUUUUGAGUGUGCACUGAGAAUAAUCCUUUUUUGGGAAUGACAACCAAACUUUUUCAUUUUUGUACCUUUUACAUCAGAAAGCAGAUGUGGCAUUCAGAACUGGAUUGCAUACCUACUGAGUACAUGUUUAAAUUCAUUCUUGUAUAGUUAUGAUAACAAUAAAAUUUAAGAUGGAGAGAUGUAAAUAUGAUAAGUUACAAGGCAUACACAAUUCCAGGUUUUAUUCUGUUCCAGUGUGUCUGUCUCAGUCCCUGCUUUUCUAGGAGUAAACAUUGCAUAGUAGGGACAACAAAGAACAAAAGAAAGAUCGGUACAUUUAUAAUUCUGCAUUGAGAAUGUUUCACUGUGAAGAAUAAAUACCAUUGGUAUUAAAACAAAAGCCAAAAAUUAGAACUGUAGAACAAAUGUAAAUAGUUAUAUUACACUAAAAAUUUUAAAACUAGAAAGCCUUAACAUUGCACCCAUUGCCAUAUUUUUACUGUUUUGAUAAUUAAGCACAGACAUUCUUUGUAUUAAACUAAUUGUAAUUACUAAUUACAGCAAGCUGUUUCAUUUCUAUUUUCUGGUUAAAAAACGUAACACAUUCAAUAACAUAAUGAAAACAUUCCACAUUUUUCUUAUUAUUUAAAUUUGUUUUUAAUUGUUCACUGUAGUGAUUGAGGAUUAUUUCCCUUUGCCUCGAGGAUAAGGAAGCAAAUUUAUUUGAAUCUUUGUCAAAUUGUAAACCAUUCGACAGUUUUGAACCAAGUUGCCAUUUUCCUGAAUUCCCAGGUCACCAACAAGGUUUGAGAAGGCAAAUGUCUUUUGUAAAAUAAAUGUACACGUGAUAAGUGAACAGAUCAGGCUUGAAUAGCAUGUGGCAAUAUCCCAGAAACAGAAAAUCAAAGGUGUUGGAAGUAUUUGUUAUGUUAUAACUGUGAAAGAAAAUCUUUUACAAACCAUUUGCAGAAAUGCUUUGUCAUAAAGUCUUCUGUGUUUUUUAAAAUGAACGAUAAAACACUUUCAGGUUUGUAUGUAUUUCUGUUCAGAGGUAAGGAAAUGAAGUGUACAGUUGUGCCAUAAUCUAUUACGAAGGAUGAACAGCCAGUUCCUAUUUCUCUGUAACCUUGGAUUUGCUAUACAUAAAGAUAAACCUCCCUAUGUUAUGUAUAAAUAACUUUCCUCUUACAGAUAUAUGUACACCUAAACUUCAAUCAAAACCCAGUGGGCACUGUUUUGAUUUAAAGGUUAGGUUCUUAAAGUACAUUCCUGUAAUCUAUGUAAACAAGCCUUACAGCUGUAUGAUAGUAUCAUUUUAAUGUAAACUUCGUCUAAUGUUGAAAAUUUGUGAUGCAUAUCCUGUGAAAUUUGCUGUGACUGCUAUGCAGUGUUGCCAAGAAUCAUUAUUUCUUUAAAAAAACCUAAAUUUUAAUCAAGAAUGCAAUGUAUAAUUUCAGUUCAAAAUUUUGGACUGCAACAAUUAAUCAUAAAUAGAUUUUUGUAAAUGUUACUGUUUCCACUUAUGAAAAAUAUAAACAUCUAAAACAAAAUGGUAUAUCAAUCUAAUUGGACUGAUGGUGACUUUAAUAUACGGUUUACAGAAGUGUAACAUCCACAAGAGAGUAAUCUACAUAUUCCUCUGUCGUGGCCUAAUUUUAUCGUAGUAUGCAGUUUCCCAAAAUUAGGUUGUGUCAUGCAGGUUUAUUCAAGAUUUAGUCAAAAAUGUUAAUUGAUAUUGAGUGAUUUGAUUGGUCAAACUAUUUGUCAAACAGACAAUGAAAAUUUUGUAUUUGAGGCCUCUGUAGAUGUACAUCAUGGUCCUUAUGAGUAAGUCUUUGUCAACCACUAAACAAUCAUUCACAUCAUAGAAAUAUAGAAAACCUACAGCACAAUUCAGGCCCUUCAGCCCACAAAGCUGUGCCGAACUUGUCCCUACCUUAGAAAUUAAUAGGCUUACCCACAGCCCUCUAUUUUUCUCAGCUCCAUGUACCUAUCCAAAAGUCUCUUAAAAGACCCUAUCGUAUCUGCUUCCACCACCGUUGCCGGCAGCCCAUUCCACGCACUCACCACUCUCUGAGUAAAAAAACUUACCCCUGACAUCUCCUCUAUGUCUACUCCCCAGCACCUUAAACCUAUGUCCUCUUGUGGCCACCAUUUCAGCCCUGGGGAAAAGCCUCUGACUAUCUACCCGAUCAAUGCCUCUCAUCAACUUGUAUACCUCGAUCAGGUCCCCCCUCAUCCUCCGUCGCUCCAAGGAGAAAAGGCCGAGUUUCCUCAACCUGCUUUCAUAAGGCAUGCUCUGCAUUCCAGGCAGCAUCCUUGUAAAUCUCCUCUGCACCCUUUCUAUGGCUUCCACAUCCUUCCUGUAGUGAGCUGACCAGAACUGAGCACAGUUCUCCAAGUGGGGUCUGACCAGGGUCCUAUAUAGCUGCAACAAUACCUCUCGGCUCCUAAAUUCUAUUCCACGAUUGAUGAAGGACAAUACACCAUAUGCCUUCUUAACCACAGAGUCAACCUGUGCAGCUGCUUUGAGCGUCCUAUGGAGACAGACCCCAAGAUCCCUCUGAUUCUCCACACUGCCAAGAGUCCUACCAAGAUGAACCACUUCACACUUAUCUGGGUUGAACUGCACCUGCCACUUCUCAGCCCAACUUUGCAUCCUAUCUAUGUCCCGCUGUAACCUCUGGCAGCCCUCUAUACUAUCCACAACACCUCCAACCUUUGUGUCAUCUGCAAACUUACUAACCCAUCCCUCCACUUCCUCAUCCAGGUCGUUUAUAAAAAUCACAAAGAGUAAGGGCCCCAGAACAGAUCCCUGAGGUACACCACUGGUCACCGACCUCCAUGCAGAAUACAACCCUUCAACAACUACUCUUUGCCCUCUGUGGGCCAGCCAGUUCUGGAUCUACAUUGCAAUGUCCCCUUGGAUUCCAUGCCUCCUUACUUUCUCAAUAAGCUUUGCAUGGGGUAUCUUAUCAAAUGCCUUGCUGAAAUCCAUAUACACUACAUCUACUACUCUCCCUUCAUCGAUGUGUUUAGUCACAUCCUCAAAAAAUUCAAUCAGGCUCGUAAGGCAGGACCUGCCCUUGACAAAGCUAUGCUGACUAUUCUUAAUCAUAUUAUACCUCUCCAAAUGUUCAUAAAUCCUGCCUCUCAGGAUCUUCUCCAUCAGCUUACCAACCACCGAGGUAAGACUCACUGGUCUAUAAUUUUCUGGGCUAUCUCUACUCCCUUUCUUGAAUAAGGGAGCAACACCCGCAACCCUCCAAUCUUCUGGAACCUCUCCCGUCUCCAUCGAUGACGCAAAGAUCAUUGCCAGAGGCUCCGCAAUCUCCUCCCUCGCCUCCCACAGCAGCCUGGGGUACCAUCUCAUCUGGUCCCAGUGACUUAACAAACUUGAUACUUUCCAAAGGUUUCAGCACCUCCUCUUUCUUAAUAUCUACAUGCUCAAGCUUUUCAGCCUGCUGCAAGUCCUCACUACAAUCACCCAGAUCUUUUUUCCCUAGUGAAUACUGAUGUAAAGUAUUCAUUAAGUACCUCCACUAUUUCUUCCGGAUCCAUACACACUUUCCCACUGCUGCACUUGAUAGGCCCUAUUCUUUCGCAUCUUAUCCCCUUGCUCUUCACAUACUUGUAGAAUGCCUUGGGGUUUUACUUAAUCCUGCCCGCCAAGGCCUUCUCAUGUCCCCUUCUGGCUCUCCUAAUUUCCUUCUUAAGCUCCUUCCUGUUGGUCUUAUACUCUUCCCGAUCUCUAACAUUACCUAGCUCUCUGUACCUUCUGCAAAGCUUUUCUUUUCCUUUUGACUAGAUUUAUUAUAGCCUUUGUACACCACGGUUCCUGUAUCCUCUCGUGAUUCCCAUCUCAUUGGAACAUGCCUAUGCAGAACUCCACACAAAUAUCCCCUGAAUAUUUGCCACAUUUCUUCCAUACUUUUCCCUGAGAACAUCUGUUCCCAAUUUAAGCUUCCAAUUUCCUGCCUAAGAGCCUCAUAAUUCCCUUUACUCCAACUAAACACCUUUCUAGUCUGUCUGUCAAUCCUACUUUUUAUCCUCCCCACAUCCAUAUCAACACCCCUUGAUAUGGAUGAUCACCAACACACCACAGGCAGUUUACAGUGGCCAAUUAACACACCAGCCUGCACAUCUUUGGGAUGUGGGAGGAAAUGCACGAGGUCAUGGAGAACGUGCAAACUCCACACAGACAGCACCUGAGCUCAGGAUCUCUGGAGCUGGGAUGCAGCGACACAACCAGCUGUCCCACUGUGCUGCCUCUAUUGUCCACAUUUAAAACUGAUCGAAACAUUCCAAUUAAUUUUCUUUUAACCAAGCCAGAAGUAGCAACAGUUAAGUGUCCGUCAGGCCUGCUAUAGUUAAAAAAAAAAUCAGCCUUAUUGUGGGUGAGGUGCAAGGGUUAGAAAUACCUUUUGAA